GAAAACACGAUCAAAAUGGCUAUCAAAAAAAUCUUUAUUUUCAUGGCAUUGGCUUUUGCAGUUGAUGCCUUUAAAUGGAAACAUUGCGAGGACAACUUGCCCUUAAGGGUGGAUUCGUUAAGCCUCUCCCCGCAUCCCCUGAGGCUCAGGAAAGGACAAAGAGUUACCUUAGGAGGAAAGUUUCGUGUUGGUGAAAACGCUGGAACAAACUACAAAGUUGAUGCCACAGUAUGGAAAAAACUACCAAUAAUCGGAUGGGCCAAGGUCCCCUGUUUUGGGAUGUGCACCCAUUCCAUUCGAUGUGAAAAGCUGGUGGACUUCUUGGAGGGGGCAAAAUGCCCACUGGCGCCGGGAAGUUACGAGGUUAAACAGCAGACACGCUCUAUGCCUGACAUUCCCAUCCCAUCGUUCUUAAAAAAUGGAAGGUACAAAAUUCAAGCAAAAGUGAGAGAUGAAAACAGCAAAAAGCGCAUUUCAUGCCUGGAAAUGGAAUCGGAUACAACAAGUUCAAAAUAA